AUGAAUGAAACGAAACUAACGACGUUCGAUCAAUUGAAAUAUAUUUAUUACCGGUUUCGUACGCUGACAUUUGCGAAUUAUCCGUUUAUACCUUCGAAGGCAUUUCGAUUCGUUCAUUUCGAAAGUCAAAGCGUGAAACAAACACAUCGAGAAAAUAACCGAAACGUGAUCGCAUUUGUUAAUAUUGAACAAACACAUUCCGGUAUAUUCGAAGAAUUAAGCUUAUUGGAUUCUGCGGAACAACUGAUUGUCUCAUUUAUGAACUCACCUUCCUUAACCUACGCGAAUGGAGCACUUUCAAAGCUCAGUUGUUACGAAUUGAAGCUCUCAAAUACAAACCCAAAGAUACCAAUCGAAUUCUUUUCGAAUACAGUAUCCAUUUACCAUUUAAUUAUAGAUAAUCCUUCGUUUAUCGGUUUUCUUUCAUCAUCUUCACAGACAUUUACAUUUCAAAUUUCUAAAAUGUCAAUUAAAGACGUCAGUGUUCGCUCGUUACAAGGCAAACACUUUCCAAUCGUAUUCAGUUCUACUCGAGAAUUGACGUUAGAAAAUUAUCAUGCUAAUGGCGGAUUUCGAACUUUCAAUAGCCGAGAGUUAGCUCAACGUUUUCCCCAACUACAAACCUUAACCAUUUUUUCACGCUCAAUACAACACAUCACCAAACGACUGUUUGAAUAUUUUACCCAGCUAGAAUAUUUAAGAUUAACUGGCAUAACUACAAUUGAAAAUGAAGCUUUCUAUAAUUUACAUCAUUUAAAAGAAUUAUAUCUCGGAAAGCAUAUUCUAAGACUAGAUCCAUAUGCAUUUCUUCAUAUGAAUACUAAAUUUUUGUACCUGAAUGAAAGUCUGGACUUUCAACUAAAUGACGACCGACAUUUCUGUGUUUUCGCUCAAUUCUCACCUUUGACAAGUGUUAAAACAUUCGUUCAGUUUCCACAACAUCUCGAUACAUGUUCAUGUACUAUUCGUUACUUAUAUCGACAUCUGGACAAAUCGUGGAUGUCAUUCACACCUGAUUGCUAUUCCAACUCAAGUUUGUAUAUUCUUUCUCAGGAAGAGCGCCUAUGUUACUUCGAACAACGGCUACUUCAAUGUCAUGUUUUACCGGAUGAAGGUAUUACAAUCUUUGGUAAACAUUACAAUGUUUCGUACUUUUAUCAACGGCAAACCUCCAAACAACGUCGUCACUUAACAAUCUUCUAUGAGCAUCGGUUACAAAUUCUUAUUGGAGUACUUGCGUUUGUUAUAAGUCUGAUUUUAAUCAUAUGUACCAUUCGACAAUGUAAACAACGGAAGACAAGUGCAUAUCGACACUUGAAUCGUUUACUAAAUCGACGACAAUUGACUGGAAAUGAUCAAAUAACCAUGGAUAUCAUUUAUCAUCAUACAAAUGAUCGGCCUGAUAUACUCCUUCCGCCUCCGACAACAACUAAGGUUUAA